AGGUCGCCGCGCCUCCCGCGGCGCAGCGCUCGCCGGCCGCGGGCCGCGCCCCGCCGGAGGAGGAGCGGCCCGCGCCCUCCGAGGACCCCGGCGGGGGCCCGCGGCCUCGCCGAGGCGGCGAGCUCGCGGAGCUGAGCGCCGUGCUGGCCUCGGAUCAGGGCUUCGUGUCCGCGCUGAGCACCAGCCUCAAGGGCGAGCUUCGCGACUGGCUGGACGACCAGUUCGAGACGCACUGGGCGCGCUGGCAGGAGGAAGGUCGCCUGGCGGUGCCGGUGAGCGGGGUCCUGGCGGAGAAGGCGGCGGACUGGCCGCUGGCGCAGAGGACGAGCCUGCUCGACCGCGGCGGGCGGGCAGGAGCUCGCGAGGAUGGGCUGGCUGGGGUGGAGGCGUACGUGGCCAAGAAGGUGGCCGAGGAGCGCGCGGGCGUCUCCGAGGCGGGCGUGCCCGCCCCUGGCGGCGCGGCCAGCUGGCCUGCCGCUCGCGCGCCGCGGCAAGCGGCGGCUGGGCAGGGGCCAACGCCUCCGGGGUCGGCGCCAGAUCCCCUGGCGGCGCAGGCCGUCGCCAGCACGCGGACCGCGCCCGAGGGCUCCAGCGCGCCGUCGCCGUCCGAGCAGGGCCCCGCGCGCCAGCCUCUGCUGCUGCCGAGCGCGCGGCUCAUCCUGGAGAGGUCGGGGCUCGAGGCCCUGCGGGCAUGUGACCGCCUGUCGCUGGCGGAUCCCGCCACGGGGACUCGUCUCCCCGUCACGGGGCUGGGGGUCUCCUACGAUACGCAGAGGCGCCGGAGACUUCCCGUGAUCCUGCCCAGGAGGCAGGACGGCUCCUUAGAGGCCCUGGCCUUCUGA